AUUUGUGAUUAAUUUCUGGCCCAGUCAGCUUGAUUUGAACGAUAUCUUUAAAAAUAACCAGUUUAAUUUGCUCUCCGUUAGGUUAUAUUAGUGAUUGAGUUUGAUUUGUAUUAUUACAUUGAAUCUCCAUAAAAAUGGGAACUGAAGCACCGGCCAUAGGGAUCGAUUUGGGCACAUCAUUCUCAUCAGCUGCCGUGUAUCAAAAUGGAAAAGUCGAAGUUAUACCGACCAAGGAAGGACCUAGACUAGUCCCGUCAUAUAUAUUUUACCAUCCAAUGAAACUGAAAGUAUCAGUUGGAACCACAGCCGACCACAUGGGAAUAGACUAUAUCAACAAUUUUAUAUUCGAUGCCAAACGGAUUAUUGGUCGAAAAUAUGAUGACGUCUACGUCCAAAAGUUGAAAAACAGGAGCGAGUACAGGUUCAAAAUUGUCCGAGGUGACGAAGAUAAAGCAGAAUACGAAAUGAAACACGACGGCUUGAUUGUAUGGAAAUCGCCGGAACAGGCUAGUUCCGAAAUACUGAAGUACCUCCGCGAGUCGGCCAACGAGUACCUCGGAGCCGAAGUAACCGAAGCUGUUAUAUCCGUUCCGGCUCAUUUCAGCAAUGCGCAACGGGCAGCAACCAAAGCAGCAGCGGAAUUGGCUGGACUGAGAGUACUGAAGCUGAUCAGCGAACCUGUGGCAGGAGCCAUAUACUACACGAAAGAGAGGAGCAAUAUUGAAGGAACGCUUCUAGUGUUUGACAUGGGAGGUGGAACCUUGGACGUAUCAAUCAUAAAAGUGAGCAAAGAAAAAUUCGAGGUGUUGAGUGUGGAAGGAGAUACGUUUUUAGGCGGCAGAGACUACGAUAACGUACUAAUAGAUUAUUUCAAAACAAAAAUAAUUAAGAAAUUUAAUCAGAGUUAUGUAACACCAAGGCUUCUAAGGAGGCUAAAAGAAAAAUGUGUUGUCCUCAAAGAAAAACUAUCCACACAAAAUGAAUAUUCCCUGAAUUUAAAUUGCAUUAAAAAUGAGAAUGACGACUUUAAUAUGUCCUUAACACGAGAUAAAUAUAACGAGAUAACAAACGAGACAACUACUAGAGCUCUUAAUCUGGUACAGAAGUGUCUUACUGGAGUGGGUCUAUCGAAAAAUGACAUAAACGAGGUUAUUCUAGUCGGAGGAAUGACAAGAAUGCCGAAGAUUCGCGAGGAACUCCGGAAUUUUUUUGGCGGUAAAAAUCCAAAAACUGACGUGAAUCCAGACGAAGCUGUCGCAUUGGGUGCUGCAAUACAAGCUUCAGUCUUGAAGCAUAAUUUUAAGGAAUUGGAAAGAUAUGUCGUUGCUGAGGUAAUGCCUUUAUCUUUGGGUGUUGAGGUUUCACCUCGUUUGAUGUUCGUCGCAAUUAAGAAAAAUACCCCAUUACCGGCACAGGGAUGUUUAAAGAUACGUACGACGGUAAACGACCAAGAAAAGGUUACAUUCCCAAUCUAUGAAGGAGAAAGAAAAAACUGUGCUUUUAACACCCUUUUAGGUGAAUUCACCAUAAAUAAUUUGCCCAAAGGAAAAGCCGGUGACGUAAAAUUUGAAGCAAUUUUUUUUCUUAACCACGAUGGAAUUUUAGAUGUGGAAGCACAUGAGACGAGUACCAAUCAGAAGAACAAAUUAACAGUUACAUUGGAAAACUAUCGCUUGUGCCAAAAUAAAAUUUCCAAUAUUAUUGAAGACGCCGAAAAAAACUAUUGUGAUGAUAUUUUAUAUGAAAAAUAUAGCGACACUUGUAUUGACAUUUUGCAGGUUUAUAAUGAUAUACUUUAUGAUAUAAAAUUAAUCUCAUCGCAGACAGACCGUAGUUUUGUUGAGAAGGAAUGUAAAGGAUUAAAGAUCAGCUUAGAUAAUUCUGUUUAUACAGAAAUUGAUGAGUUAGAACGAGCUUAUAAAAGUUUUCGAGGGGCCACAGAAGGGAUAGUGAAACAGGCGAUCGAUAUAAAAUGGCCCGACUUCUCCUUAAGUGAUAAAUUUAAUUCACUUCAGAUGAAUCCUAAAUCCUAAUUGGUGCAAACCUUUUCAGAAGAUUAUUUUAUUUUUAUUUUUAAAUACAAAUUAAUAAAUAUAAUAUUUUCUUGCAGUAUUUUAUGCAAACUAGUUCGUAGAGAUAAUAAUGGGUGUUUUUCCAAAGUGGCUCACCCCUAUAACUUUUUGAUUUUUACAGACAAAAAAACGGGUAUCGGUAUGUUUGAUAUAUGACGGAAAUUGAUUGAUGUAUUCAGUUAGUUUCAGUCACUUCAUGUUUCACACCGGAAAUGACAACUUCUGAAUUUUAAAUGGCGCCCUCGGUAUUUUUUACUUUAUUUGAUAGAAAAUGAUAUUCUGAAUAGUAUUAAUAAUUUGUCUACAUUUGACAUUUUUGAUUAAAAAAGAUAGUAUUUUAAGUUUUUUUAACUUCAGUUACUUAAAAAAAUAAUAAUUUUAUGAGUGCAUCGAUUGCGUUAGUCAUUGGCGGACAAUAUCAAGUAAUACGAUAUAAUCUAAUAAAAUUGUAUCGCCGUAUAGAGAGUGAAAAUAAAAAAAUUACGGGCAAGCUUAUUUUUUCAGAGUUUGUCAGCGACUGUCUUCUGGUCAUAAUAGGGGUGGUUUUUUUAAAACUCUACUACAACAAAAUAAUUAGA